AUGGAGGCGGAGCCAAAUCAGCAAACUGAGGUUGCAAUAUCGCCAGCAUUGGAGAGAAAGCUGGUGACCCUGAGAAAGAUCACACAGAUCCGUCGUCCGCUCAAGCUUCGAGUAAAGCGAAUUGAGGUGGUAACCAUCACCGGCGGAUGGAAUGUCGUCGUCAACAAGAGCAACAGCAAAGUGGGUGACUAUGUGAUUUUCUUUGAGAUCGACAGCUUCAUUCCAACCACUGUCAUUGACUUUGGAUGGGAAUUGAACGGCCAUUUGGAAGAGUUCAACGGUGAAAGAGGCUAUCACGUUAGAUCUCAUAUGGUCGGAAAGCAGAUCUCCCAGGGCUGGCUCAUGACCAUCGAGCAGCUCCCCAAGGUUCAGAGAAUUAUUGAGGGCCUGAAAGACGAGUAUGGUGUGGAGGAGGGUCUGAGAGUUGCGCAACUUAUGGCAUUCGAAGAUGUCCUCGGAGUCAAGAAGUGGGAGAGCUCCACUGUCAGUAAUCAUGCCCAGGACCAUAUCCUUGGCCCAGCACCGGUCUUUAUCCGACAGCCUGGCUGCCCACGGAUCCAGGACAAACCUCAGAUCUUCACCUCGAUCUACCCCAACUGCACGUACGAGAUCACCGAGAAGCUCGACGGCGUGUCAAUGACGGUGUACCGAGUCCAGAACGACUCGCAGUGGGACAGGGCGCUCCCCGCCCUGCCGGCGGACUCGUCGCAGCGCACCCUGUAUGGCCGGAUCGGAAUCGCGAGCAGACAACAUGACAUUGGUGACACUGCCAACAGCCCAUUCUGGAGAGCCGCAAAAGACAUCGGACUGCCUGCAAAGUUGGCGCAAGUUGGUAUCAGAAAUGUUGCCAUCUCGGGCGAGCUCAUUGGCCCUAGUCUUGACAGUAGCAUCCACUUCGCCCCUGGAGAACGCUUUCAAUUCAUCGUUUUCCAGGUCUUCGAUAUCGACGCUCAGGAACUCAUUGAUCCUGACGAGGUUCGGAAUAUUUGCAACAGACACGUGCUACCGCAUGUGCCAUUGAUUGCAAGAUGCAAGCUCAGCGAAUUCGCGACCGACAUUGACGAGUUGGUCCGCCGAGCCGACGGCGUGGGAUUUCAUGGCCAGAGGCGGGAGGGCCUGGUUUUCAAGCUGCUGGGCCGACCUGAGAUUUCCUUCAAGGUCAUCUCGAACCAGUGGUUGUUGGAGCUUGAAGAGUAA